AUAGAGACAGGGCCAGGUGAUUUCACCCACGAGCAGAUGAGCGUCGACACUUUUGGUCAGGGGCAAAACUAUCCAGUGAAAGGCUGACACUAAAAUAAGCUGAAGUUAUAAAUAACCUCAUAAAUGACAUUUAUUGUAAGACGACGCUUGAUGACAUUUAUCUCUCGAGCCAGGUUCACCAGGAGGCGAAACAAUCUCGCCUACUCCCCUACCCGUUCAGACUUCUCCACACAGCCGCCGCGAGACAUGCUACGGCGCGCCGCCACUACGGCUACGCUCAAUGGCCGCGCGGCGGCGUGGUUCCGUCACCUCACCCGUAGGCCGAUGACGCUUCCGCCCGCUCAUCUCGGGCGCCACCAUCUGCAGGCCCAACUCCGACCACCACGCGUCGUGUGGGUGCCGCCGCUCCCGCACUUGUGUGGCGCGCGGGGCUACAGCUACACUCGCAUGGCGCGGCGCAUCCCAAUCGCGAGGCCCGACGGGUACUCCAGCUCCGACGGCGAGGCAGAGGAUCCGGACGCGGGCGAGGCCGGGGAGAUCACGGAGCCUGUCGGCGAGGGCGCGGAGGGCGACAACUCGGAGGGCAGCGAGACCGAGGUGGAGGGGUUCAUGCUGGACUUGUCAUCUGACAACUUGUUCGGCGACAGCGACGGUGACGGCGACGGCGACGAGGAAGGCACAGAAGAGGGAGGGAAAUAGCGAGGCGGGAUUUCGCUGUGGGGAGCUGGCGAAUCGAGCUUCGUCUUGGGGAAGCUUCUGCAUGCGGAUUAUUGGAUUGAUGACCAACAGGACAGUGGAGAAGUAACGCGCAUCCGCGCAUUCUGAUGACCAAUUGUAUUGGCUAUGCAUAUCACACUCUGUUAUCACGCUUCAUGUGAGAGUACAUCCAAUUUCUUCUUCGCCGAGCCUACGAUGGCUUCAGGUUAGGUUUGCAUCGGGUUAAUCUUUCAGUUUUCAAUUUUUUUUUUUUGGAUUCCUGGGUGAAAAUAGUGGCAUUUUGGAAAAGUACAAAUUUUUUUACUGACAUGGGAUGAUGGGAAAUUGGGAAUUCAAUACUUUUCUAUUUUCACAAAAUUCAUGUGCCCUCUCGGUGAAAAUAGAG